AUGGGUGUCACAGUGAAGAUCAAUGAUGUCAAUAUUGACAACAGAUUUGUUGUGCCAUAUAAUCCACUGUUGUUAAUGAAAUAUCAAGCUCACAUAAAUCUCGAGUUCUGUAACAAGUCAAACGUCAUUAAGUAUCUUUUUAAGUAUGUUAAUAAGGGUCUGGAUCAGGUGACUGCAACUGUUGGAGAAAGAUAUUAUGUUGGUGAAUCUUCUCAGAUGAUUGAUGAGAUCAAACAGUAUUAUGAUUGUCAUUAUUUCUCACCGUUUGAAUCCAUGUGGAGAAUUUUUGCUUACGAUAUUCAUCAAAGAUGGUCGUCGGUACAGAGGUUGACUUUUCACUUGCCGAACCAGCAACAUGUUGUAUUCGAUGAUGCAGAUAGCACUACUCAUGUUUAUUUGCGCAACAAAGAUUUGCUGACGAUGUUUACGGGUUGGAUGAUGGCUAACAGACGGUUCCCGGAGGGGCGGUCUCUAACAUAUGUUGAAUAUUCAGGUAAAUUUGUCUACUGUUUGAAGAGUAGGGAGUGGAAGCCAAGACAGAGGGGAUUCUCAAUUGGAAGAUUGAGUUUCGCUCAUCCCUCAUCCGGUGAACUUUUCUACAUGCGGAUGCUUUUGAAUGUACAGAGAGGUUGUACCAGUUUUCGAAGUAUAAGAACUGUGAAUGGUGUUACUUAUGAUACAUUUCAAGAGGCAUGUUCCGCCAUGGGAUUCUUGAUAGAUGAUAAGGAGUAUGUUUCUGCUAUCAAAGAAGUCGUCGAGUUAGCGUCAGCUGCACAACUAAGGAGGCUUUUUGUGAUGUUGCUGCUAUCUGGUUCCAUGGGAAGACCUCUGUGGGAUGAGUUACAAAUGUUUUGUUUGUUGGAGAUUGAGAAACUAUUGCAGAGUAAUGGAAAAUCAUUGAGAAAUUAUGCUGGUAUGCCGGUUCAUGAUAACUCUUUAGUCUCUCAAUUUAGCAAUUUGAUGCUGCUGCGUGAGUUGCAGUAUGAUACUGUUUCUUUGUCUCGUGAGCAUGAUGCAAAUAUCUUAAAAGUUUUGUCAGCUAGAUUGCGAUAUGAGAAAAAGAUUGUUAUAAAUGUUGCUUCUAGUGGUAUUGCUUCUCUGUUGUUACCUGGUGGUAAGACGGCGCAUUCUAUGUUCAGUAUUCCUGUUGAGCUGACUGAAGACACUGUUUGUCAGAUUAAGAAGGAUAGUCCAAAAGCUAAGGUAUUUUGA